AUUAGUGAACGAAUAAGAGGUUGGUGUUGUGACUCGCCGUCUCCGAACUACCGGUUUAACGACAACGAUCGAACGAACUCCGUAAAACGAACUUUAAUAUAUAUUAUAUUUUAAACAUGUACAACAUCGUGUAUUUAAAACAUCUUGAAUUUUUGAGAACACAGUGUGAAGUUUGAACUAAGUGCGCAUUUUAUUCUAUCCGUAAGUGCAUAGCGGUAACACAAAACCUGAUUUUAUGUCUUCGACAUAGGUAGGUACCUACCUAUAUGUGUUUAAAGUGAUCUUUCCGUUGUUUGUAUUGAAAGUUUUGUCUUCUAUGUCUCACCGAACCCAGCCAAAAGUCAAAGAUCUCACCAAUGUAAAUACGAUGCAGACAACACGUGAAUCUAGCAGACAGAAACGUUGCAACAAAAGGCGUAACUCCAGAAAGAAGUCCUUAUCACCAUCCGACUUGAAAUGUUCACGCAGCGACACAAAAACCGACAACAAAUUGAACGGCAAACGAUCACUAUCAGAAGGGUCAGUGAAAGUGAAACACAGAAAGAGCAAUAUACGAAGAACUUUAACCCACCCGUUCACGUGCACGGACGACAUUAGGGAUGUAACUUUGAACGGAGUGUUCAACAGAGACGUGAAAGUGGAUCCUCCGCCGGCGGAAAGUGACGAGUCUAAUCUCCCACCUACCAGUAGUGAUAGGGAUACGGAAGAUGACGGACGAGUCCUACCUAGGCCGGUACCGCGAUGGUCAAAAUGGGACUCUGGAAGUGAGAUGGAUUCUUUAGUGUCAACGGUUGUGAGGAGAGCGUCGGCGCGACGUCGCAGGACGCCAGCAAACCCAGAGUGGGGCGUCACAAGUGAACCGGGCGAGGCGAGCGAACCGGAGGCCGGUCGUAUGCGUCCCGAGGACUACCGCCUCGUUUUCCUCAGUUCAGACUCCUCUUGCCGCGAGGAUACUGAAGACUCGUCUUCAACGGCGUCAUCCGCUGCGCCGCCCGCGCCCGACGACUGUGACUGGGACUAUUUCGAACCGGGCGCGGCGGCGGCACUACCUCCACCACCAACCACAAAACAUACACCACAGGCCUGUCCAAGACCGUGUUCGUGUGGUGCUGAACCACGAAUUGUUGCUGUACCAGUCCCAGUGCCAGUUCCUGUACCCGCCGCGCUUUGGCCUACUUUACUCGCCUUCCCAACACAACCACCACCGACGCCACACUGGAAUACGUAUCCCGGUUUCCCACCUCUAGAUGCCGCCGCCCUCGCACGUCUCACUACGGCUGCCGCCGUCGCUGUCACUGCCGCCGCCACAGCCUCCGCCACCGCCUCUGCUUUACCACAAACGCAAAAACUCGAAAUGACCACAAUAGAAAGGACCGAUAAAGCGAUACAGUCCGAAACGUCACUAGCACAGGAGCCCCUUGAUAAAGAUAAAAUUGAUAACGUUAUUGAACAAUCAGUCAACCGCGAAUCGCCAGUCGAAAUAAAGGUGAUAGCCGAGGAGGACUCUUUAUGUGCAUUAUCAGAGCACGCGGACGUUAUGCCAGAGCACUUAAAUGCAGAAAAAGCCUUCCACUCAUCGACUGAAUCAAGAGACUCCAGUGAUUCCGAGGGAGGUAUCGCCCGAAGAAGUUAUGACGUGACUAGUGGUGCCCCUGAUGAGCCAGCGACGUCAGACGAAGAUUCCGAUGACUCCGGAGGGGGCGGGGGACGAUUCUCACGUGUAUUUGUGGUAAAUCCUGUCGACUCCUCUUCAGAUAUGGAAGACAACGGAGAUAGCAGCGGGAUUGACUGUGACGAUUCCUACGAUAAAAAAUCGGAUAGCUUAGAAAUAAUUGCUCUUGAAGUGGCAGUGCAAAAUGAGGUCAAUAGUGCGGAGCGAAAUAAUGAUAAUAUUUCACAGGAUAAUGAUAACUGUAAUAUAGUGCUUUUAGAUUCAAUAAAUUUUACACAAGAAAAUCCGGUAAUUCCAUAUGAAAAUAAUAGUAGCGAGAACAGUAGUGAAAAUGGGGUAAAAAUGUCAAAUUUUAUAAAAUUUUGCGAUGAAAAUAUGCUUCGAAGUGAGACUUGUGAGGAAUUCAAUAGUUUCAAUGCAAAUUGCAGCACGUAUAGUGAUAAUUUUGAUAGUAAGAAUUGCCUAGAUAACGAUAGUAUUCGACUUAAAAGUGUGUCAAAGUGCAAUAACUACGAUUCAUUAGAUAAUAUUUCCAAUACAGAAAGUAAUAUGAAAGUAAAAGUCUCUGCGGAGUUGCCUAAUGAGAAUUUUAAUAAUAAGAAAAUAAUUUCUAAUGAAAUUCCAUCCGAUUCAUCGACGCAAUUAGCACCUUCGCCGGAACCCGAGUAUGAUAAUCAAUCAAGUUCACUGACCGAAGAAAAAAUAGAUCUAUUUAAAGGUAUCGAACGUACACUUAGCGAAUUGUUAAAGAAAGAAUUAAUGGGGGAUCAAGAAGAGGAGAAAAUGAACGAUGCGCGGCCGGUUUGCUCGGAGGAGGCGGGGGGCGCAAGCGCACCUGCCGCCACAACAGUUUGCCGCUCGCGCAGCGCACGGACGGACGGUUCCGCGCGCUUCACUAGCCGCGUUAUGAUAACGCACGACUGCGUAUCCGUCGUGACGUCGGACACGACGCGGCUUAUGCGGGAUAUAACAGUGCAUCAUACCAACUCACAAAACGAACCAGAAUCAAACACACAACAAAACGAAAUCGAAGAACGAAUAUCCGACGACGAAGCGCCACAGCCUUCAAACGGAGUGACUGUCGUUAGUAAUGCCGACACUCUCUCGGCGGUUGUGUGUCUCGAGGAGGGGCUUGCAGACGACGAUUCGUGGGUCGAGGACGUCAGCCAUGACGACGAUGAGGCCACUUCACCUUCCGAUUCCGAUUCGGGAGAUGAAGCGAUGUUACCCGCUCGAGGGGAGGAUUUUGCAUAUUGUAGACGUUCCAUAGACUUCACUUUACACACAAUCGUCGAAGAAAGUUGCGAAGAAAGCGAAACGGAACACACAACUAAGAAACAGCGACCUGUAUCCGCUACGGAGUUAGAAAAAUAUUUUUUCUUUGGUUUAGGUGAUGGUAGAAAUAUUCGAGACGAUGAAGAUCAAGUGUCUGAAACGUCAAGUGUGUGCAGUGAGGGUGGUGAAUCUAUUGUUGAUACUGAGCAACCAAAAAGAAAUAAUGAUAACGAUGAAUUAGCGUCUUCCCGUUUGGAGAAAUAUUUCUUAUCUGGUUUUAUGGGUUUUAACCAAGAAAGACGUGAUUCUGACGGUUCUGGAAGUGUGGGUAGUGAUAGUGAAGGUAAACAAAGUCCGGAACAACGACGUAAACGGUUAGUACGUGCACGAGGAACCCCGCGAUCACAUUCUUCUUCAUUAGAUAAUUUAUUAACUGGGGAAGAACCGUCCCAGGAUGCCCAGGAAGUCUCAGAUGGAUCAAGUACGGAGACAGAGGUACGGCAUGAUUCGUCCGAACGACUUGACAUACAAGGUGAGUCGAAAAGAAAAAAGCAAAAUAAAAAAACACGUGGCUCGCCAGCAGAUGAACGACGUCAAUCGACAGAAUUCGCAGAGGAAGCACGUGAUGACACGAGGUCAGUUUCUGAGGGUGAAGACGGUCGGUCUACACCUCGUCCAGAGUUCCCACCGCUUGGAUCUGAACUUACAGAAUCCAAGAAGCAAGCAAGUAGAGAUAGCGGAUUUGUAGGCAGCUGUGAUGAUUUAUUAAGGAGUGGCGAUUCUAGUUCAGAAUUUACUAGAUCCCACGAACCUAAAAUAGAAUUAGAGGAGAUUAUCGAAGAAAUAAGGCCCGAUAUCGAAGAUCGUGUAGAGGGUCCCCCAUCGUCCCAUCCACCGCCAAGUUCUUUAACACGUAAGGAUAGCUUUAAUAAUUGGUCCUCUGAUGAAGAAACAAAUCUUAUGAUGACGAAAAUGCGCCAAUUUUUCAAACAAAUGAUUAAUUCUGCAAAUAUAAGAACUUCAACUCCAGCUUCAUCUAAUUCAGAAAGUUCGCGGCCACCGAAACCGCCACAACUUUUGUACUUUGAAAGUGAAUUAACAAGACUGAUGAAAACGGUACCCGGUAUAAGAGACGAAGAGGUGCGUGAAAUUGUAGAAUAUCUUUCCAGUGAAGAUACAUGGAGUGAUUCAUACGAUUCAUCUGAUUACGCAGGAUCCGAUUUAGAGGGCACCGCAGCCAAUAGAUCGGCCUUAAGAAAGCAGAUAUCGGAUAGUUGUCGGGAAAUAAUCGACGAAUUCGAUCGCGGAAAUAGUGAGGCCGGGUCGCUAGAGCGUGAUGCGGCUGGAGCAUAUCAAAGAUUAGCAGCAACGUUGGGUCGGGCCGGCGAAGGUUCUCCACCAUUGUUCGGAAAAGUUAUGCGUCAUAUUGGCGGUAGGCUAGUUGCUUUAAUGCAUGAUGUAUCGGCUGGUGCAUCUCCAAGUACCGACGACGAUAGCGCAUCAGAGCCAGGCGCAUUAGCACGAAGUCGCUCCCACGAUAUCCUGGAGGCUACUGCGAGUAGAGGAAGUGUUGCUAGUGACAGUGAGAGGUUUUCGUGGCGAGGUAGUUUCGAAUCUGCAUUACUUGCGACGGAUUCUCGGGGUACCUUGGGUGGCCCAGGAUGCGAAGCACGGCGGUCUCCAGCUGGUGCUGAUUUGGCAGCCCAAAAGUCACAUUCAAGAAGCUGUGGAGCUAUUGGUGGUAGUGAGGACAGAUUGUGGCGUGGGAGGCGACGAGCUUCUGCACCAGACGCAGAGUCGGAGGAGGAACAGCGCUCAGGUUCUUUGCCACGUCUGCCUUCCAUCACGGGAACUAACACCGCGCCGUCAGGGCCAGUGAAGUCGGCUCGCUAUCGAGCACCAGGGUUCCGUACAGCAACUAGAGCCGCAUCAGCGCCAGGACUCCACGCGCCAAGGCGACGUAGGCCUCCGCCAACACCACAUCAGCCUCCACCGGCGGCGCCUGCUUCCGCACCCAGUUUACAGGAUGAAACGUUCAUAUCGGAGACACUGUCGCCUGGCCAUGCAACUUUACCGCGCCGUUCCAGCUCGCCGCUCCCACACGAGAGGGACCUGCUGGACAGAGAUAGAUACCCGAUCAACAGGAGUGGUCUACAGGCUCGUUCGGAGUCAAUGGCAUCCGUAUACUCUGGAGCUGGUGAAGGAACACGAGGCAGCGUGGCGGUACGAGGUGAAGUGGAGAUCUCGUUGUUGUACAACUACCGACUUGGAGCGUUCGAAGUUGGUGUCAAACGCUGUAGAGACCUGGCGCCUAUUGACGUGAAGCGGAACCGAUCAGAUCCUUAUGUCAAGGUGUACCUGUUACCCGACAAAUCGAAAGCUGGCAAGAGGAAGACCAAAGUGAAGAAGAACACGCUCAACCCCGUGUUCGAGGAGACGCUGAGCUUUGUCCAGCCGCUGGCCUCGCUGUCCUCGCGGACACUGUGGCUCAGCGUGUGGCACGCCGACAUGUUCGGCCGGAACGACUUCCUCGGCGAGGUGACGUUGCCGCUGGCCGACGUCGUGUUCGACGACCCCGCGCCCAUGUGGCACAAGUUACACGAGAGGACGGAACAAUUCGAUGAGCAGCAAGGCAGUCGCGGCGACCUGAUCAUCGGGCUGAAGUUCGAAAUGCACGAGAGCGGCACCAUGCGGGGCAAGGGAACACUGCACGUACUGGUCAAGGAGGCUAAGAACCUCGUCGCCACGAAGCCGAACGGACUGGCUGACGUCUUUUGUAAAAGCUAUCUCCUCCCGGAGCGUGGCCGGCUCGCUAAACAGAAGACGAACGUGUCGAGGCGCACCCUGAACCCUCGGUGGGAGCACACGUUCACUUACAGAGGGCUGAAGAUGCAGGAGCUGGGCACGCGCGCCCUUGAACUCAGCCUAUGGGACCGGGACCGGCUCGCCUCCAACGAAUUCAUGGGCGCAGUGCGACUCUCGCUUGGAACUGGGACCUACAUGGGGGCAAACGUCAACUGGAUGGACAGCGUAGGAAAGGAAGUAACUCUAUGGCAGACAAUGAUGCAGCGGCCUAACUUCUGGGUUGAAGGUUCAUUACCUUUAAGGCCUCAACUCAACAACUAAACGCCUAUAACAUAUGCAAGAAAUUUCUCUCCUUUUUUUGUAAUGUAAACAUUUCAUUGUUUUCACAAUUUAAAUGUAUUGUAAUAUUUGAAUUGUGUGAACCAAACUCUGUGUCUAUAUAUACAUCGAACUUUUUAUAGUGAAUCGAUAUUGCGCGCUCAAGUUUAUUUUUCCAUGUUUAUUCUAGACUUUCUUCUAAAACUCCAUUUAUUAUAAGUCGGUAAAUGUCCGCCUAAAAUGGAGUUGUAAUAUUUUGGACCAUUUUGUCAGAUUAAUUAAGCAAUACAAUUUUUUGAGUUAUAUAACAGUAGGUAUACAUUUAAUGUCACACUGUAGUGUUGCCAAUAACUAUGAUAUAUCAUAGAUACAUUAUAAAAAUAGAAGUUAAUACUCUCAUUCUAUCUAUUUAAAAAUAUACUUCUCUUUCUGUAUUUUUUAUAAAGUAAGUGCCAAUGAUUAUAGAUUCGACCCUUUACUCAUUUCGUGUUAAGUUUAUAGAUAUUUUAAUAAAUAUUAAAAUAUUAAUAACAAAUAUUAUCUGAAAAAAAACGACAUUAAAUACAAGUAUUUGAUACAUUGUCCAACAUUCCAAUAUGUGAUGAAAAUAAUUAAGUAUAUAUACAAUUUUAUUAUAAAUGUUAGAAUAUGACAAUAAAUAUAAUUUAACUUAUAACUGCCCUUACGUUAUAAGUAUUUAGAAUUAUUUAAGUUUAUGCAUUUAAAAUAGUACGUACGAUGUACAAAUUAAGUUGUCAUGAGUUUAAUAGGGUUUUGCUCAUGCGUAAUGUGAUUUAAUAAUUGUGUAGGUAUUUUUAGUGAAAUCAGAUGUAAGACGCAUUUUGUAAAAUGUUUAAGGGCAUCUGUGAAUAUGGAUCAUAAGAGUUAUACAUUAAAUGACACGAAUACGUCCAUUAUAUGUAGAGUACAUAGUUUAUUACUAUAAGUUUCUACUUAAAUAACUGAUAAUGUUUAACAUAUAGGUACAUAUCGGUACAUUAUUUUUAUAUAAAAUACUUAUUGUGAAAUAAAAAUUAUUGAAUAUAAAAUAUCUGGAAAUUAA